ACAUUUACACACACAAAAGAGAUAGCUAAUAUAUAUUAUAGAUCUAGAGAGAGAGAGAGAGAGACAGAAAAAUAUUUGGGAUUUGGUUUUUGGUUUUUGAUUUCUCUGUUCUGUUCUGUUCUGUUCUUGGUUGGUUUGUAAUCCAUAAUAUUAAUCUUAUUAUUAUUAUUAUUAUUGAUUGAUAAUAAUUAUAAGAUAUAUAGUUAUGGAUAAUAAAAGCUGUCAAUCUUCAGGUGACUCUUCGGUUACCUCUAAUAACAGUAGUAGUAGAAGCAGUAACAGUGCUGCUAGCAGAGAUCAGUAUCUCAAACACCUUAACAAGCUUUCUCAUAAAAUCGCUAAACCCAUUGUUAAAAAGCCCAGCUUUGAUCAAAAUUUCAAUACCCAGGUCCAACCACAGCCCCACGCACCUCCUCCUCCUCCUCCACCUCCACCGCCGCAGCAACCGGCCGCGACAUCGCAGACCCAGCAGCAGAAUCUUCAGGCCCAACAGCACCAGCACCAGCACCAACACCAACACCAACACCAACACCAACCUCCGGUCUACAACAUCAACAAGAAUGACUUCAGAGACGUGGUCCAGAAGCUCACUGGCUCCCCAGCCCACGAGCGAUUCCCAGCGCCGCCUCCCCCUAUUCAUCAACCCAAGGCAGCCAGCUCCCGCCUCCAGCGGAUACGCCCUCCGCCCUUAGCGCACCUCAGCAACCGGCCGCCGCCUACCCUGCUAAACAGCGACGUCCCGCCUCCGCAGCCGACUGUAGGCAUGCCCAACUUCGGCUCCAUCGGUCGCCCACUCGGACCUUUGUCGCCCUUGCCACCCCUUCCGGCGGUUCACGGUGCCGCCGAGUCGCCUGUCUCUGCAUACAUGCGUUUCCUUCAGAACUCAAUGUCCACCGUUGAUCACAAUCAGAAACAACUCUCGGGAUACUCUCCGCUAGCGCCUUUGGUCUCGCCUCGUUGGAGCAACUUUACCCCACAGCAGAACCAUCCCGUUCCACCAUCGCUGGCGCAGCAGGGGAUGCUCCCUCCACCUCCGGCGCCGUCUAUGAUGCCGUCACAUUCCCAGUUCCAUUUUCCAACGUCGCCGCUUCCAUUCGGGUGCCUGAACUCGCCCAAGUCACCUUACAAUUUGCUUUCCCCGGGUCUUCUGCAUUCGCCAUCGUCGGGUCAGCUAGGGUUUCCUCAGCUCCCGCUUUCGCCUUCAGUUCCCGGCCCAAGCCCUAGAUGGAGAAGUUUCUGACUUUUCAGGUAAGCGGCGGUCUAUUGGUAAACGUUGUCGUUUUGAGGAGUUUAUUAGAUUUUAAUUCUUGUUUUAAUUAUAUAUUUUUAAUUUUAUUUUGAUUUUUGAAAGUUUUGUCUGUUUUGUACAUUUUCGGGUAUGGGAGGUUUCUUCAACACAAAUCAUCAGUGGUUGGAUGGAAAGUAGUCCACCCAUUGAGUUAACUUAGGAGUUUGUUCUUUGUAAAUGGCAUAUUAGAAGACAUUUUGGGUAAAAAAAAAACAGAGAAAGUGAUCCUAGAUUUGUUCUUUGCUCAUGUUUGGAUCAAGUUAGAGGAAAGUUAUUGAACAAUAUUUAUAUAUAGAUAGAAUCUGUGGUGGAGGGAUAUUACUGUUUUUAGUUAUUUAAUCUUGUGAAAAAAUUGUUGUUGGACUCAAA